AUGAUAUCAUUGAAAUUCUUGUACAACAAUCCGUUGGGAAAAUUAUUCACAAACGACAAGAUAUCCAAAAAUAGUGUCGUAAUUCUUGCCGAAACUGAUCCCGACUUGGAUUCAGACCAACAACGCGCACAAUAUGUCCGGUCUAUUCCUAAAGCACUUCUCUUUAAGAAUCUUCUACUUCAGGGAUAUCUUGUGAAUCCAAAGUUUUUGAAAAAGAUCGACAAUUUUCAGAUCAAAUCGGAUGACUUAUGGUUAGCAACAUAUCCUAAGUCAGGCACCACUUGGACUGAAGAAAUAAUUUCACUGAUCUAUAAUAACGGAGAUAUUGAUAAAGUAAAAGACAAGUUAUUAGCCACUCGUGUCGUCCACUUUGAAGUGGGACCACCAUUAGGUCAUUCACGUUGGCUUAAAAAGUUAAAAUCUCCCCGAUUGCUGGCCACUCAUCUACCCGUAACACACAUACCGUCACAACUCAAACAAUCUAAAUGCAAGAUAAUAUAUGUGAUGCGUAACCCCAAAGACAAUGCCGUGUCAUACUAUCAUCACCACCGCAUCAGCACAUACUUAGGCAACUAUAGGGGUCCGUGGAAUACAUUUGUCGACCUCUUUGCAAACGGACAUCUGGCACACGGAGAUUGGUUUGAACACAUCAAAGGGUAUCGACAACUGUCCAUACAAUACCCAAAUAGAGUACUAUUUAUAUCAUAUGAAGAAUUAAAAACAGAUUUGCCAAAAAUGAUUGAAUUAAUAGCAAACUUUGUUGAACGCAAACUAUCUCAAGAAGUAAUUGAUAGGAUUGCCAAACACUGCUCUUUCGAUGAAAUGAAGACCAAUAAUAUGGUUAAUAGAGAGAAGAUUCCAAUCAAAGAUCUGUUUGAUAUGACUGAAUCCAAGUUCAUGAGGAAAGGUAUUAUUGGUGACUGGAAAACACAUUUCUCAACUCAACAAAGCAAACAAUUUGAUGAUAAAUACAACGAUAAACUCAAUGAAUUGGGUUUAACUGUUUGCUAUGAUAGCGAAGAUGCUUACCAUCGAAUGCAAACAAACGGAAGAAUUAUUAAUAAAAAUUUUCAAUCAUUUGAUGACAACCAGAAUAUUACAGACAAUAGUGAUAGUGGUUAUGACAUAAGCUUAUGA